GCAGGAGCGCGUGACGAGUGGCUGUCACUUGCGCGACUGACGCGAGUUUGUGACAGUGUGUUAUACGCUUUGCAUACGCUUUAGAUACGGUUUAAGUCUUAUAUGAAGUGCUUUUGACUUUUCACUUGGAUUCUGUAGUAUACGAAAUAUUUCUAAAAUUAUGUCAUAGUGCUGUGAUAAGUAAAUAUUUAUCAAAAUGACGUUGUGGUGUAGUGCGUCCAGCUCGGCGGUCGGUGCAAUACUGACUUUUUUUGUGUGUGUCGCCGCUGACGUAACCUUUGUGGAGGGGAGAGACGAGCCGCACAGAUAUACGAUAGAAGAGCUGCUGUCAACGCAUUUUGAAAAUAAAGAUUCUAAUGAUAUCGGGAUGGAUCCUUGUAAAGCUGAAAAUUUCCAAGGAGACAUCGCCAUACCAAACGUAGAUUAUUUUAAACCAGCCAAGACUGCCCCCUCAACAUCUAAAAUUAAUAAAUCGUUACAAGAAGAAGUGGAAAGGCUUAAAAAAGAAGUGUUGUUAGAAGGUUUACAAGUAGAAGAGGAAGGACUAACUGAUAUACUAAGAAAGAGAACAAAACAGCCAUUAGCGUUUUCUCAAGAGAAACCAAAAAAGUACAAUGAAGCUUCCAUAGCAACUAAAGUAUUACCAGCUGGCUUAGAUAAAUCGCUAUUAAUGAAACAUGGAAGAAUGCCUAUAGAUGAAGAGUUAGACACAGUUAAGUUUAACGAGCAAAGUAAAAGUAGUAAUUUUAAUGAAACCAAUAUAACAGAUAACUUAACAGAGUCAGAAAGCUUAGAACAAGAUGGCGUAUUAGUUGUAAACAUUUCAAGUGAUAACAUUUUAAAUCUAGACGAAUUUUAUCCCCACAUGCAAAUGUCUAAUUUCUCACAUAAAUCUGAUGAAGUCACGAACAAGAUACAGAGUAACAGUAGAGAAAUAACUGGCGAUUUUAAUAAUAACCUAAAAUUUAAAGAAUUGCCUGAAAAUAUGACAGUAGCUCCCGCUCCUACGAACGGAGUUUUACCAGUAAACGAAAAGGAUGAAGACAAUGAGACUUUACAGAAACAAUUGAUAGAUAACGCUAGUCAAGAGCUUUACAAGAAAAUGUAUGGUGCCAAUAGUUUACUAAAACCUACACAGAGUUUGCAAAGUUUAUUAGGAAACACAUCUAGUCAUAGACGGCGACGGAGAAGAAGACAUGGUAACGGUAGACGGCUAAGAAAUAUAUCCACUGAAAAAACAGGAGACAAUUCAAUAGCAAGCAGCAAGGAGCAACUCAAGAGCACCGAAGACAAUACAAGCGAUAUUCAGAGAGGAAAACUAAAAGGGCGACAUCAAAAGAAAAUACCAAACGCAGAUCACAGAAAAACCAUGCGUCAUAUUGCGCCAAUACACGAAUUCGAAGAGAAGUUCGAGUUAAAACCACCACCAAAGCCUUUAAAUUUUGUAGAUGUUUUGAAUGUCGAAAAGGGGAUAUCAAAUAACACAACCCCAUUCGAAGGUUGGUUUUUUCGGGACACCGAAGAUGAUUUAGAAGCCAGCGAGAGUAAAUUCUACAAUCAUACAGAGAGACGGCACCGCACCGCGCGAGCUGCCACCAACAGGAAGGAGCGUAUUUGGGACAACGGCGUCAUACCUUACGAGAUCGACGGCAACUUCAGCGGCGCACACAAGUCGCUGUUCAAGCAGGCCAUGAGACACUGGGAGAACUUCACGUGCGUCAAGUUUGUGGAGCGAGAGUCGGAUCAUAAAGACUACAUCGUGUUCACAGAGCGACCUUGUGGAUGCUGCUCAUUCGUGGGUAAGCGCGGCGGAGGCGCUCAAGCGAUAUCCAUCGGCAAGAACUGCGACAAGUUCGGCAUCGUGGUGCACGAGCUGGGCCACGUGGUGGGCUUCUGGCACGAGCACACCAGACCGGACCGGGACCGGCACGUGCAGAUCAUACGGGACAACAUACUCACCGGCCAAGAGUACAACUUCAACAAGCUGACAGACGAGGAAGUGAACUCCCUAGGGCAGACGUAUGACUACGACUCCAUCAUGCAUUACGCGAGGAAUACCUUCAGCAAAGGGACGUACCUCGACACCAUCCUUCCUCUGGAGGUUCUGGGCAAAAAGCGACCGGAGAUUGGGCAGCGAGUGAGAUUGAGCGCCAGCGACAUAGCUCAGACCAACUUGCUUUAUAAAUGUGCUAAAUGUGGUAAAACCUUCCUGGGCAAUGCUGGUUGGUUCAACUCGCCCGGCUGGGGCUCAGAGGCGCAGCCUGCGACCCAGGAGCGCUGCGAGUGGCGCAUCGUGGCAACUCACGGGGAGCGCGUGGUGCUCAAUAUUACCGAAAUCGACAUCCACAAAUCGGACGGCUGUCGCUCGGAGUGGGUGGAGGUGUGGGACGGCUAUAUGCCCAACGCCCCAGUGCUGGGCCGGAUCUGUGGGUCUGGGAAAGGGCCCAUCAUGCGCUCGACGGGCUCGCGGCUCACAGUGGUGUACCAACCGGGUCCGAAGACCAAACCACAUAGAGGUUUUAGAGCUCACUACGAAGCCGUUUGUGGCGGCGACAUAGAAGUGGACAGCAGUAGUCACUUGGAGUCACCAAACUAUCCCGACGACUACCAACCUAAUAAACUCUGUAUAUGGAAACUUUCUGUGCCACAGGAUUACCAAGUCGCUCUGCGUUUCCACUCGUUUGAGGUGGAAAACCACGACACGUGUAACUACGACAAAGUUAAAGUCCGAGACGGCGACUCGCUAGAUAGUCCCCUCAUCGGCGUGUUUUGUGGACAUAAGAUUCCUCCUGAUAUAAGAUCUACCUCAAACAAACUUCUAGUCAUCUUCGAAUCGGACAGUUCAGUUCAAAAAGCUGGUUUCUCUGCCACAUUCAUGAAGGAAUUCGAUGAGUGCGCGUCCAUAGACCACGGCUGCAGUCACUCAUGUGUCAACACUCUUGGCGGAUAUGAGUGCGCUUGCGAUAUUGGUUAUGAGUUACACUCGGAUGGGAAGAAAUGCGAGAAUGCUUGCGGUGGUGUAUUGUAUGCCCCAAACGGCACGAUCACAUCACCGUCGUUCCCAGACCUGUACCCACCAUCCAAAAACUGUCUGUGGGAAAUAGUCGCCCCGCCACAACACAGGAUUACACUUAACUUUACGCAUUUUGAUUUAGAAGGAAGCAAUAAUAUGUAUCAUCAGGAAUGUGAAUACGACAGUGUAACCGUGCACUCAAGGCUGGGCGCUGAUGUGUUACGAAGACACGGAGCAUUUUGUGGAUCAGUGCUGCCUCCACCGGUUACGUCAGAUGGAUCAGUACUGCGUGUUCAGUUCACGUCAGAUACAUCAGUCCACCACUCUGGAUUCGCAGCAGCGUAUUACAUAGAUGUCGAUGAGUGCGCUGACAACAAUGGUGGCUGCCAACACGAGUGUCACAACACUUUGGGCGGAUAUGAGUGCGCGUGUCACAGCGGCUUCACACUCCAUCCCAAUAAACAUGAUUGCAAAGAAGGCGGCUGCAAACAUGAUAUCACGCACCCACAUGGCACAAUAUUCAGUCCAAACUACCCGGACACUUACCCCGCAAGGAAGGACUGCGUGUGGCAGUUCUCCACAACGCCCGGACAUCGCAUCAAGUUAAUCUUUAACGUCUUUGAAUUAGAGCCACAUCAGGAAUGCACAUACGAUCACGUCACCAUUUACGAUGGAUCUUCAGCUGAUGAGAAGACAUUGGGAAGAUUCUGUGGAGGCAAGCUUCCACACCCUGUAGUCGCUUCACAGAACCAGAUGUACGUCGUAUUCAAGUCAGAUGCGUCUGUGCAACGGAAAGGAUUUCUAGCGACGUACUCUACAGCUUGCGGAGGAUACCUCGCAGCAUCAGAGACUGUGGAGCACCUAUACUCUCACGCACGCUACGGCCACGACUCGUACGAAUCGCGCGCCAACUGUGACUGGAGUAUCGUGGCCCCGCUCGGCCAAUUCGUCAGGCUCACCUUCCUCACCUUCGAGUUGGAGCCGGAGACCAAUUGCGGAUAUGAUUACGUUCAGGUGUUUGGUGGACUGGAGGGAAGCGCUGGUGAUUACGGCAGCUUUUGUGGCACUAAGGGUCCACCCGAGAUCGUAUCAACAACAGAAGCCUUACUAGUCAAAUUCCGUACUGACGACACAAUAGUAUUCAAAGGAUUCUCCGCAUCGUACCAAGCGGUGAAGCCAGAAGUGUGGAGUGGAGAAGAUAGUUCAGAAGGCGGAGAAGACUUGGACGAGGAAGAAGACGAACAGAUACCCCCUCUAGUGGUCAGUAGGAGGGGUCUGCGGGCCCCGUUGCAGAGGUUCGUGCGCCGGCCCACGUGACGUUGGCCAUUACGUCAUCGUCAUAGGCGAUUGCACCGCAACGCUCACAAUCGGCUUAAAUAUGAUAAUGUUAAAAAGAAUUGAGUUCUUUUAGAGCAAAUAUUUUCUGCCUCUGCGAAUUCGACCAACUUAAUUAUUAAAAAACCGCUUGAAACGUAGGUAUCGUGAAGACAAAUGACAUACUGUCGAAUGUUAUGAGAGUAUGGUCAGUAAAAUUCGAUGAACGAAUGACAGCGUUACGUUUUUUGUGCGCAAUCUAUUCUGCGCACCUUUCACCUUUCUCAGGCGUUAGUAUUGAGAAGUACGUAGCAACAUACACUUAUUUAGUCAGUCGAUCUGAAAGAGUAAACUCCAUUCGUGCGUCGGAGCUGACUCACACUUUUUUUGUUAUUUUUCUGUUCAGUCAAAAGUCGACUUCCGCAACAGAAAUCCAAAAUACUUUCCAUCGCUUCUAUUUUGGACUCUAUAGGAUAGGAUACCUAGGUACCUAGACCAUCUGGCAGAAAAUAUUUAUGGACUGGACUGUGUUUCUCGGAUUUUUUUUAAUAAUAAUGAUUGGAAGAGACGGAAUGUUACAUGUUUUGAAAAUGGAUUUGCGAUGGAUCUGAGUCUACCUUUAUUUUUGUAUUUUGUUUUUUUGCGUAUAGAAUUUUUCACGGAUGUGAAUUUAAAUGUAGUAAUAUUUUUUGUGAUAGUACUUAUCUAUUUCUGACAUGUUUGUCUAUGGACACAAUGUUGCCAUACUAAUUGUUAAUUUGGUACCCUUAGGAAUAUAUUAUUUACAGUUAACAAACCAAAAAUAAAAACAAUAAUAAUAAAUCUGUCUGGCCUGAUUGCUAAACUUUAGGAAGAAAAUAUAAUAAAGCAUUUAAUUUCGUUGCUAAGGGGAUUAAUGCGAUUAUAAUUAAAUUAUUAUUAUAAUAAUGUUUGAAUUUAUUUUAUAUGACUGAAUGAAAAUGUAAAUAAAUUAUUUAUACGAAUGCGUAGGUGUUUAAUACAAUACUUAAUAGCGGUUACCAAGUUAAUAAUACUCAUUAAUGUAAAUUCCUAAUAAAUUGUAGAAACUUGUUAAAAUAUCUAAUAUAAUAAUACAAAUUUUACGUGUUCUUUUGUUAAAUACUUUUAUUUAGGUUACUGAAAUACAAUUUAAACCAAAGAUAAGUCCAAAGACAUUUUAUAGUGCCAUAAUAAUAUUUCAACUAAGUAAUCAAAUAGAACCGAAAGUACUCGCAUAAUUAUAAUCUAAUCAUUUGCUAUUACAAUAUGUACUUACAGUAAAAAUAUGAUUCCUUAACCAUAAAAAAGUUUACUAUCGGUAAUGCCUGUAAUACAAUAGUUUGCAUUUUUGUAGAUAGAUAUUUAACGCAAUAUGAAUGCACAAUUUAGUAAGAAACAAUGUGACAAUACAUUUUAGAUUUAAGAUACUUAUUAAUAUAAUACUAAUAAUAAUUGAAUAAAUAAUAAUGAACUAAGCGAUAGUGUUGUUACAGGUCAUAUCAAAAUAAUUAAUUAAAAUUUCGCUGUUAUUGAAUUUAUGCGUAUCUUCUACUUUGUUUUCUAUGUGUUCGUAAAAUAUUUUGCUCCUGAAGUAAGUUCAUUGUAAAACAACUGAUAAUGAAAUAUGCAGUUAUUUGUGUUUGGUAGAUUUAACUCAAUAUUAUUUAAUGUUAACGUAAAUGAUGUUGUAGGGAUGAGGACGUGAUGUUUAAUGUUUUAUUGUGUGCCAAAACUUGAUACUUAUUGAUGAUAGAUAAUUAUAGUUUUAAUGUGUAGAUAAGUUAGUAUUUUAUAACUUAAACUUGGAAAUAUUUAUAUGACGUAGGAAUGUCAUAAUAUUAUUAUUUUUAAUAAAAUGAUUGUAAAAUUUA